AUUCAUUCGAGUUAAUUAGUUGAUCAGUUAAUACGUGUAAUCAAAAAUGCUUAAGCUUACAUUAAUCAUCGCUGCCCUGGCUCUAGUGAGCGCUAGGCCGCAAGAUGGACACGGUCAUGGUCACGCAGUCUCCUCGCAGAGUAUAGUGCUACACACGAGCCAUGGACACGAACAUCAGGGCCAAGCUCCUGCUCACCACCAAAUACUCACGACGCAGCAUUUCGAACACGGCGGCCACUAUGACCUAGGACACCACGAGGUGCAACACCACGGAUACGCUCAAGUACAUCACCAUGAACACCAGCCAAUACACCACGGACUCCAACAGGUCCAAUACCACGGGCAUCAGGACGAUCAUCACCAUGGACACGAAGAGCACCACGUCGACUACCAUGCUCAUCCUAAAUACGCUUUCGAGUACAAAGUAGAGGAUCCUCACACCGGCGACAACAAGUACCAGCACGAAACACGUGACGGUGACGUCGUGAAGGGCGUGUACAGUCUGCACGAGGCCGAUGGUACCAUCAGGACUGUUAAAUACGCGGCCGAUAAACACUCCGGAUUCAACGCUGAAGUGCACCGUGAAGGUCACGCCAAACAUGUAGUGCCUGAACAUCAACAUGGACAUUAGCUUCAAGAAAUUAUUUACAUGAUCUCAAUAAUAGUACUAGAUUAUUAAAUCAUUAACUAUCAAUGUUUAUGAAUUUUUCAUUGAUUGGUGAAUAAAUGGAAUUUAAAUAUU